UUGUGCUAAAAAAGUUUGAAAAUCAAACUUCUGUCCUGCAAAAAAAUUAAACCAUUCUGUACUUUCAGUCAUAUUUACUAGGGCCUUCCCUUUUCCUCACCCCGCCCAGUAGGUUAAAGCAACAUUGUUUAUUCAUUACAUCUCAAGUGAAUACAUAAAGUAUAAAUAUUCGUGCAGGUUUUUAUACGCGGUUCUUUCACUCAGCACAAUGUCUGCAGGGAGGUGGCCGGAGCGGCAACUGAACCUUUUUUAUUUGUUGUUGGUGUCGUCUUUCUCUCUGGCUGAGGAGCAAGCCUGCACGCAUAGAGGCGAUCUCGAGGAUGCCCAGCUGAUAAAGAAAGGAGACAUAAUGUUGGGAGGAGUCUUCUCAUUCCACAGCAGCUGGAGGAACAGCCAAGAUAACUAUGAACAAAAACCUCAGCAGCUGCAAUGCACCAGUUUAAAUUUCAGAGACUUCCAGUUUGCUCAAGCCAUGCUUUUUGCCAUUGAAGAAAUUAACAACAGUUCAGAUCUACUGCCGGGAUUAACUCUGGGUUAUAAAAUGUACGAUGCUUGUGGUUUCAUUGCCAGAAGUGUAAAGGUUUCCCUGGCCUUGCUCAACGGUAAUGAAAUUCAGGCUUUACCUGCAGAGCCAUGUACAAGACCUGCACAGGUGCAGGUGAUAAUGGGAGAAACGUCUUCCUCUCCUAGUGCAGCCAUUGCCACUGCUGUUGGACCCUUUCACAUCCCAAUGAUCAGCCAUUUUUCCACGUGUGCUUGCCUCAGCGAUAAAACCAAGUACCCAUCAUUUCUCAGAACAAUACCCAGUGACUAUUACCAGAGCAGAGCCCUGGCCCAUUUGGUCAAACACUUUGGAUGGACUUGGAUCGGAGCUGUUAGAUCCAAUGAUGACUACGGAAACAACGGCAUGGCGACGUUCACUGAAACUGCAGAGGAGCUGGGCAUCUGUCUUGAAUAUUCUGUAUCAUUCUUUAGAACUGACCCAUCUGAUAAAAUACAUAAGAUUAUUGAGGUUAUUAAGUCAUCCAACUCAAAGGUUGUCAUUGCCUUCCUCUCCCACAUGGACUUAGAUGUGUUGUUAAAUGAGUUUUCUGUGAACAAUUUGACCGGCUACCAGUGGGUGGGAACCGAAGGCUGGAUGUUUGAUUCUCAGAUUGCCGCAAUGGAUAAAAAUCACAUUCUGGAUGGAGCUAUAGGGCUCUCCAUCCCCAAAGCGCACGUCAGUGGACUCAGAGAGUUCAUGUUUAACGUUAAGCCGCUGAAUUCAUCAAAUAGUGAGUUAUUUACACGGCUUUGGGAGGCGUUGUUCAGCUGUAAGUUCAAGCAAUCAAACUCUGGGGAGAUUCAGAAAAAAUGCACCGGAGAGGAAGAUCUAACUGGAGUAGAAAACAGCUUCACUGAUAUGUCACUCAUGCCAAUAUUUUACAAUGUCUACAAAGGGGUUUAUGCAGUGGCUCAUGCUCUGCAUGAAAUACUCAACUGCAAUAAAACAUGUGACAUCAAUGUACAGCUAGAUCCAUUGACAAUUUUACAGCACAUACAAAGGAUUCGCUUUAAAACAAAGGAAGGAGACGACGUUUACUUUAAUGAGAACGGAGAUCCGCCAGCAAAAUAUGAGAUUAUAAACUGGCAGCGGGGUGAAAAUGGCAUCUUGAACUUUGCGGCUGUUGGUCUUUACGAUGCAUCAUUACCAGCGGAUAAACAGCUAAAUGUGAAAAUUGGGUCAAUAGUUUGGGCUAAAAACUCACUCCGGUUGCCAGUUUCAGUUUGCAGUGAGAAGUGUCCCCCAGGAACACAGAAAGUCCUCCAGAAAGGACGACCUGUUUGCUGUUUUGACUGUAUAAGAUGUGCAGAAGGAGAAAUAAGCAACAGCACAGAUUCUGUCACCUGUGUCAGAUGCCCUCUUGAAUCCUGGUCAAAUGAAGAUCGAACUGCCUGCAUAAAGAAGAAGGCUGAGUUUCUUUCAUAUAAAGAAAUUAUGGGAUCAUUGCUCACUGCGGCAUCUUUGUUUGGAACAUGCAUGACUGUCGUUGUCGCAGUCAUUUUUAUUAAAUACAGGAACACGCCUCUUGUCAGGGCAAACAACUCUGAGCUGAGCUUCCUGCUGCUCUUCUCCUUAAAGCUGUGUUUCCUCUGCUCUUUGACGUUCAUCGGCCAGCCCUCUGACUGGUCCUGCAUGCUGCGGCACACGGCAUUCGGCAUCACCUUCGUCCUCUGCAUCUCCUGUGUUCUUGGAAAAACCAUAGUGGUGUUAAUGGCGUUUAAAGCCACACUUCCAGGAAGAAACGUGAUGAAAUGGUUUGGGCCUACGCAGCAGAGAGUCAGUGUUCUUGGGUUUACUCUUAUACAAGUGAUAAUCUGCAUCCUCUGGUUAAGCAUCUCUCCUCCAUUUCCAUCCAAGAAUUUUAAAGAAUUUAAAGACAAAAUCAUCUUGGAGUGUUCGUUGGGUUCAGCUGUGGGUUUCUGGGCUGUGCUUGGGUAUAUUGGACUUCUCGCUAUGUUGUGUUUUAUUUGUGCUUUUUUGGCUCGUAAACUGCCCGAUAAUUUCAACGAAGCCAAAUUCAUCACCUUCAGCAUGUUGAUAUUCUGCGCUGUCUGGAUCACUUUCAUCCCAGCGUACGUCAGCUCUCCUGGGAAGUUCAGUGUGGCUGUAGAAAUCUUUGCUAUUCUGGCCUCCAGUUUUGGAUUAUUGUUUUGUAUCUUUAUUCCAAAAUGCUACAUCAUGGUGAUGAAACCAGAGAAAAACACCAAAAAGAACAUGAUAGGAAAGGGUGCCCCAAAAUAAUUUUUUAAACCAAUCAUUUUGGUUAUUUGUUUUAGGGUAAGUUCGUUGAGUUUGUAAGACACUCAAUGAAAUUAACAAUCACUCCCAUCAUGUGAGAGCCAGCUCUUCCACCUUUUGUUCUUUUAUCUGCUCAGCUCUCACUCUCAGUGGCUCCGACCUGCUCGCAGCAGAGCUUUGUUUUGAUUGGCAUCAUGGAAGCUUGUCUUCUUUGCAGAGUGUUCUCAAAAACAGAACAAAUACUAACUCAGACAAGGAACCAAAUAAUAGUUGGGACAAUGGAUUUUUUUUUUUUUUAUUCCAACCUGCACUAAGGACAUAGCUUGGCUACAGAGUUUGGUUCUGUCUCUACUAUGGUUCUGUUCAGUAGGUUUGCUAGGAGUGCUUUGGUUAAUAGUUUUUUUGUUAAAUAAAAACUAAAGAUUUGAUUAAAAUGUUGCAAAAAAACAAGAAUGCCUGCUUUCGUAACAGAGCUAAUUAAUAAAUUCCGGCAAGUAUAAGAUUUAUCAUAAAAAAUAUGAAUGCAAAGGGAUUUAUUGACAUGAAAAGCAUUCAUAUUUUACAAAUUAAGCUAAAACUUCUUUGGGAGCUGUACCAAAGGAGCUCCCGAAGAAGAGCUUCCUCUUUUUUCUUGGAGUCGGCUUUCUUCAGCUGGCUCUCUGAAAAAAGCCGAACUUCCCACCAGGAAUACAUAAUACAUAUAAUAAAGUUAAAGGAUGCACCGUUUUCAAGCU